AUGUCUAAUCCAUGCCAGAAGGAGGCCUGUGCCAUCCAAGAUUGUCUUCUAUCACAUCAGUACGAUGAUGCUAAAUGCGCUAAAGUGAUAGAUCAACUUUACAUUUGUUGCUCAAAAUUUUACAAAGAAAAUGGAAGGGAGUCACGGUCUCCCUGUUGUCCGCUACCUUCUCUCCUUGAGUUAAAGAUCAAACAGCGAAACAUUAAACCAGGGGACAGCUGA